UCUUUUUCAGAAACUCUCAUUUUGCACUAAAGUGGUAGAUGUGUCAGAUGAUUCUAUGGUGGAGUUAAACUUCUUUGUAUAUAUAUAUAAAUAUAUAAAAUAAACCAUUGCAAAUGGCGAACUUAGAAAAGGACCAUUCAUAUUCUGGAAAUCCACAGCAGCCAGUGGCCACAGCUGAGGAGUCUGCAGUUCCAGAGGUCGUCAUCACACGCCGUUUGAGGGAUCGAGAGCUUCUCAGAAAAAGGAAAGCAGAAGCAGAAGAAAAAGACACACACCAGUGGGUUCUGGGGCAGCACAAAAGGAGCAAGCCAGCGCCAGCGCGACGGGGAAGACGGGCCGGGAGAGGACGAGGCCGGCACCAGGCUCCAGAACCACAGGCAGAACCAGAUCCAGAGGUAGCAGAGGAGAAGCAUGAGACACCAGCGACUGAGCUGGAGGGAAAAGCCCCGAUGACUCUGGAUCUCCAAAUAGAGCCUUCUGUCCCUCUUCUGGAAAUUGAUGAGCUGUAUACCCAGCAGCAAGUAGCUGAGGCAGCCCCAGCUGAGGGGGUUGUUUUCUCAGGGGAAGAGGCAUCACAUUCAGAAGAACCAGAAUUCCCCCAGUCUCUGGAAAACGAUCAUUUGGAACAGGAUCCCUGUGGCUCUACUUAAUUCAAAAGUUGGAGUGGAGACGGGGCAUUCAAACAUGCGACUCCCUAUUUCUGAAGUCUGAAAUGGUGCAGCACGGAAGUUAUUUUUCUGCAUGUCUGGAUCUGUCCUUCUGUAUUUCAACAGUGCUCUGUUCACUGGAUCCACGAUCACAGCAGUUCUAAUAAUACAGCUUUUGAGUUAGGACUGCCACAUUAUAACCCAGAGAACCUGAUUUUUACCUUUCAUGAUGCAGUGACAGAUUGUGUAGUUCUUGCACCACUCACCCCAUUCCUUCUGCAGUCUUUCUAUUCGCCUCUUCCCCAGCCAGUUGUGGGGCAAUAUUAAAAUCCUGCUUCCAACAGUAAGUACGGGGAAGGAACAGGUAAGAGGUUCAGCAACUGUGCAAUAAUGUUAAAGUUAAGUCUGGUUCUCCAGGUUGCAACCUGGCAACAUUUUGGGGGCUGACUUUUCCAAGAAAACUUUUGAUAUAUAUCAGACAGAUGAUAAAAACUUCUAUACAUUAGUCUUUGAAUAAGUAUUCCUAGACAAGAACACAGAAACUGAAAAAUGGAGGAAAUCGAAUUAUGGGAUAUCUUCUUUCAAGGCAUUUGUUUCGUAAAGCAAAGAAUACGUGGGAGUGGAUUGGAACUUUUCCUAUAUCUUAUCUUCAAAAUCUGACUAUAUGGCUGCUAACUACAAAUUCCUAAACACAGUGAAAUAAAGAAGAAAUCUGACUCGA